UUGCUAAUGUUAUACCAUUGUAUCUUGGUACUCUUUAUACUUUGCGCUAAGUAUCUACAGGCUGUGUAGUUCAACAAGAAACCCUUUUCUUUAAAAAUCGACUGUGAUGUGUUGUAAAUUGAUUUAAUGGCCAAAUGCUCACUUUGAAGCUCGAGAGUGCGUUAUAAACUGACAUCGAAUGAAGCCGGGCCCAUUUACGCAAGUUGACUGUACAAACGCCAUGCAUUUGAGACAACUCCUUACCGAAAUGGUUAUUAUCUUGACCAUAUUGACCAUUCCUGGCUAUACCAUUCACACCUUGGCAGAGAAGAAAAUCAGCCAAUAUCCUUGGAUCCCGAAGACGUCAACGCAUAUUACACCUUAUAAGAUAUCUGGGGAUAUAUGAAAUAUGAAAUGUGUUAUUAUGUAUGAAUAAAUUUCGACGAAUUUGUCUGCCCAACAAUAUAUUCUAAAUAAAUGCAUAUUUUAAAAGAUACU